AUGCAUACCCAUAUCCUGCGUCAUUUCGAUGAAUUCCUCCGAAAACCCUUUAAGAGUUUAUUGGCGAAGGGAGGUAGCUGUCGGAAAUUAUUCCACAAUGCGGUUGUGCACCGCAAAAUACGAACACUAUAUGGAGAAAUUCUUCUUCAAUCUCGGAUUGUCCAUAGGGAAGAACCCAAAAAAGUAUAUCGGCGUGUUAUGCAUUAUUACAGCAAUCUCGUGUUUCGGUUUUUACGAUUUCACCAGGUACUGAUUCGGGCGAAAGACGGACAAAGUCUUCUUAGAUUGGAGCACCUUAAGCAAUUGAGUGCGCUAACCCGCGAAAUUGUAACCAAUCUUACAGACACCAAUGGGACGAAUCUCACCUAUUCGGACAUGUGCGAGCCGUAUUGCGAAAAGAACAGCGCGUUCUACACGAUUCUCAAUAUAUUCGAAACGACUGAUUCGAAUUCCUCAUCGAUUGAGAUCACAUAUCCGACAACGGAAAUUCUCGGACGUCAAAUACUUGUGGCGAACAAUCUUUUCAAUAUCACCACCGAGGGGCCUUCCAACAAAAUUGUCGCGUUCAAUUCGGUGGUUCUUCGCUAUUAUUUGACGCAUUCCACCGAAAAACCGAUGAUAGCAUUCGAAGAUAAGCUUGUAAAUCUUCAUUAUGACUCCAACAAGUAUCCGCUUCUAGAAGGCCAAGCGGGCUCCGAUAAUCUUGUAGCCAAAGAAGUCCGCCGCCUCGGUGCAACCACAGCUCCCUAUUUGGGAAUCUCGCUAGUCCUUUUGUGCAUUUUCCUAUCGCUUUGCUCUUUAAAGUAUCGCCGACGCGAUUCCAAGCCCAUCGAAGCGUGCUUGGGAGCUUUGAUUCCAGUGCUCUCCGGAAUCACCACCAUCGGAAUGGUUUCAGCUACCGGACUCGCGUUUCAGAGUAUCAUAGUGAGCACUUUGUUCUUAGUGUUAGCUAUUGGAAUUGAUGAUGUGUUUGUCAUACUUGCUGCGUGGCACCGAACUGACAAAUCGUUGGAUAUCCCAGAAAGAAUUGCUUAUACAGUAAAAGAGGCUGGGUGUUCGAUGACUGUGACAACUAUCACAAAUCUGGUCUCAUUCGGAAAUGGUGUUUUGUCAACAACACCGGUGUUGCAAACCUUCGCCAUUUAUUCAUCAGUCGCCAGUGUUGUUUGCUACAUUUAUCAACUUAUAAUAUUUCCGGCAAUCAUUGCGAUCACGGCACCCCGAGAAUAUCAAAUCGAAGAUGAAAAAAAGUCCUGUCUCCCCGAAGAAUUCUAUAUCGUUGGCAAAAUGUCGGCUGUCGCUGAUGUCAUCUGGAAGAAAUUGGCAGUAAUUGUUGGAUCUUCUUGGAUGAGAAUUCUCACGAUUUCGAUUCUUAUUGGAUAUUGGUAUCUAGCUGCAUUCGGCGUGUACACAAUGGAAACCGAUCUGUCGAUUCAGAAAAUGGCAUAUAAAGAUGCAAGAAUUGUCAAAUUCAAGGAUGACAUGGAUGUCACGUUAAAGGAAAUGCAAUCAGUGGCGGUUCUCGUUCACAAUCCUCAAGAUCUUCGCGAUCCUUCAACAUUGGGACGUCUAAAAAAUCUGAUCUAUGAUUUUGAAACCGCCACCUACAGCUUCGGAGAGUCUUCGACGAUUUGUUGGCUUCAGCCGUAUCUCGAUUUCCUUAACUUCUACACGGAUUCCGAAGAAGAGGAUGCCGUCUCAACGCAUUUCAACUUCACUUAUAAGGAUAUCCCGUCGUUUUUAAGCUCUCAAACAUACUUUAAGCCAAUGCUUCGAAUAAAUGAAGAAAAAUGUUCUGCAAAUGUUCCAGAAUGUGUCGAAUCAUUCAUUUUUACCACCGGUUUUACUACAGUUGUCAAGUGA